CAUUCGCGUUAUAGUACUAACUUUGUGGACAAAAUGUCUGAUAAGGAGGAAACAAGCAACGAAGUUCGACGACGGAAUACACCAAAAACUGACUCGAAUCACAAUGCCGCAAACUGUAAAGACGAGAUAGAUAUUACAAGCUCUCUAUAUGGAAACUUACAAUUACUCCGCGAUAGAGCCGAGCUAUUUAAAGCUAACUUAGUAUCGACACUUGAUGAAAAGCUGAGUGACUCGCUGGACGAUUUCUUAAUCGAACUAGAAAAACUUGAACAAAUUAAAGUUGGCUCUCGCGGAGAAAAAGCGUCUCUAGCAGCAGCUGACAAGCGAUCUACUUGGAAACUCGAUAGAAAAGAUGGAGAAUUGCCAGAUAAGCAAUUUGUUGCACGACGUUCCGUAUUAACCGAACUAUUGGAUAUUUCUCAUAUAAGAUCAAUCUAUCAUAUAUUCGUUGCAAUUUUAAUUGUAUUCUCUCUUCAUACAAUUGUAAAAGAUAUUCUUGAUAAUAGUAGUACAUCAUUAAAGUUUGAGCUGAUCAUAUGGGGAUUUGGUAAACUACCUCUUGUAAUUUGUCUUUGGAUGUGCAUGAUGGCAUUUUCAACGGCAUUCUUAUAUCCAUUUUUUCAAAAUUGGGCUAAAUUUAGAAAGAAUGGAAAAUUAAGAUUAAUGGAUCUACCUUGGAUGGGAAUUUAUGGACUUUAUAUGAUAGGUUUUAUGGUAGUACCGUGUUAUUACGUCCAUAGUCAUAGUUUUCCUAUAGCAUCGUCAGUUGUUUGCGCUUGUGAGCAAGUGCGUUUGAUUAUGAAACAACAUGCGUUUAUUAGAGAAAAUCUAGAUAGGGCGCUUGAAAAGGGAAUCAUUCCGGACUUCUCAAAAUACUUAUACUUCUUAUUCAUCCCAACUUUAGUUUAUAGGGAUGAAUAUCCAAGAACAAGGGUCAUUCGCUGGAAUUAUGUUGUCUCAAAUCUAGCCCAGGUUGUUGCUUGUUUGCUAUACGUUUAUUAUAUUUUCUUGAGGUUCGUUGCUCAAUUGUUUUCCAAAUUCUCAAAUGAACAUCUGAGCCUAAAAGAUCUAGUAUCAUCUUGUUUUGCAUGUAUGAUGCCGGCAAGUUUAAUGCUUUUUAUUGCCUUUUUUGCCAUAUUACACUCCUGGAUGAACGCCUGGGCUGAGAUGUUAACUUUUGCCGAUAGGCUAUUUUACAGAGAUUGGUGGAAUUCUAGGACAUUUUCUAAUUACUAUAGAACAUGGAAUGUUGUUGUUCACGAUUGGCUAUAUACUUAUGUCUACAAAGACGCGGUCAACAUAUUUGGAAAAUACAAUAGAGCUGCAGCUAUGUCGUCAGUCUUUUUAUUAUCGGCUGUUGUCCAUGAAUUUAUACUAGUUGUCAGUUUUGGUUUCUUCUAUCCUGUGCUAUUUGUUCUUUUCAUGGGGGCUGGUUUUGGCUUAAUGUUUAUCAAAGGAAAAAACCAAAAAUGGAAUAUAGGGAUGUGGGUAGCCCUUUUUAUGGGUACAGGUAUCCUACUGUAUACUUACUCUCUUGAAUGGUACGCUCGAAAGCUUUGUCCCAACGUUUACACCGGAAUAAAGCAUUACAUAAUACCAAGAUCCUGGUUAUCUUGCAAAGUAGAAAACUAAAGGCAUAAUAGUUGACUAAUACGUAUAUAGGCACGUAAGCGUGUAAAUGUUUGUACUCGUUUUUUCCUGAUCAUUUGUCAAUACAUUUUCUCGAUCGAUAUUUCGGUCUUUGUUAUCACUCCUAAUAUUGCAAUUUAACUGAUAAAAGUAGUUUAAUUUUGUAAUAUCUUUUAGGAAGACAGUACUAUGAUAAAAAUAGAGGCAGACGUCUAUAUUUCUCAACAGAUUUUUGAUCUUGAAUGAUAAGACCAGAUGAUAUAUAUAAAGUAGUUGACAAAAAAAAUCUGGACACUGUAAAUUUUAAUAGGCCAAGUUUUAAAAAAACGCUCCAA